AUGUUGAAGACACCGAGCUACAGUGUGGACGUGUUGAAGACACAGAGCUACAGUGUGGACGUGUUGAAGACACCGAGCUACAGUGUGGACGUGUUGAGGACACAGAGCUACAGUGUGGACGUGUUGAAGACACAGAGCUACAGUGUGGACGUGUUGAAGACACAGAGCUACAGUGUGGACGUGUUGAAGACACCGAGCUACAGUGUGGGGGUGUUGAAGACACCGAGCUACAGUGUGGACGUGUUGAAGACACAGAGCUACAGUGCGGACGUGUUGAAGACACCGAGCUACAGUGUGGACGUGUUGAAGACACCGAGCUACAGUGUGGACGUGUUGAAGACACCGAGGUACAGUGUGGACGUGUUGAAGACACCGAGGUACAGUGUUGACGUGUUGAAGACACCGAGCUACAGUGUGGACGUGUUGAAGACACCGAGCUACAGUGUGGAUGUGUUGAAGACACCGAGCUACAGUGUGGGCGUGUUGAAGACACCGAGCUACAGUGUGGACGUGUUGAAGACACCGAGCUACAGUGUGGUCGUGUUGAAGACACCGAGCUACAGUGUGGACGUGUUGAAGACACCGAGCUACAGUGUGGACGUGUCGAAGACACCGAGCUACAGUGUGGACGUGUUGAAGACACCGAGCUACAGUUUGGACGUGUUGAAGACACCGAGCUACAGUGUGGACGUGUUGAAGACACCGAGCUGCAGCGUGGGCGUGUUGGAGACACUGAGCUACAGUGUGGACAUGUUGAAGACACCGUGCUACAGCGUGGACGUGUUGAAGACACUGAGCUACAGUGUGGACGUGUUGAAGACACCGAGCUACAGUGUGGACGUGUUGAAGACACCGAGCUACAGCGUGGACGUGUUGAAGACACCGAGCUACAGUGUGGACGUGUUGAAGACACCGAGCUACAGUGUGGACGUGUUGAAGACAUAG